UUUGAAUUUGUUAUUAGACGAUACAUUGUUACAUAGUUGUAAAUAAAAUGAGUUCUACAACAGCAGAUUUUUCAGAAAUGAGAAAGUCUACAGUUAUUGAUGAGAUAUAUAACAGAGGUGCGCAUACUAGUGUUAAGAAAAAACCUCAAAAAUUAAUGAUUUUAAAACCACUGAACCUUAUUAGUAUUAAAAAGGAAAUUGAAGAAGAGUUAGAACACUAUGAACAAGAAAUCCUUUCCACUAAAGUUAGUGGUAAAGAAGAGAAUCAGGAAGUGCUUACAACAAUACAGGAAGAGGAUACUGAAUUUCAAAAAUCUACUUUGAUGAAGGAUGUUACCAAUUACCCAGAUUCUCAGUCUUUAAAAAUUUUAUCCGAGAAUAAUGAUAAAUGCUUAAUUGAAAAGCCGAAGAAUACUUUAUGUCUUAAUUCAAAGGCCAGUUACAUGUCACAAGUAAAAGAAAACAUAAAUCUUCAAGAGCAGCGAAACGAUAGCUUUGACCUGGAUUUCUCUGCGUUAUCCUUAUUAACUCCAGUGAAGCAAAAUGAUAAUAAUAUAAGCCAUACCAUGAAUGUUAUAAAACCAGAACAACCAAGAGAACAUUUUCAACAUUUCAUUACACCAAAGAUUAAUACUACCCUGUCCAAACAUCAGUAUAGUUUAUCAAAGAAAUCAUUUUUGAAAACUCCUAUUAACAUUUUCAACAGUAAUUCUGCAAGAAGACUUAUUGGUACACCAUGUAAACCUGAAAAAAUAUCUCCAACAGGUCUUGAAAAUCAACAUGAUCUUAAAAGUGAAGAUAAGAGAAACAACAGCACUAUUUCAAAUUACAAAAUAGUUACACCAUCACAUAAAGACACCAUGAAAGUCAGUCAAACUGUACUUAAUAGUAAUAAUGAAGAUGCUCCAUGUUCUAAUCCAAUGAAUUCUUUGAGAGAUGAGACAUUUAAAAGAAUACGAGUAAAUGACAUAGAGUAUAUUAUAUUUAACCUUUUAGGUAAAGGAGGAAGUUCUGAAGUAUAUCAGUGUUACAAUGUGGAAAGGAAGUCACAUGUAGCUAUAAAAUGUGUUGCUUUGGACAAUUCUGCUUCAGCGAAUGAUUUUAUAAAUGAAGUUAAAUUGUUACAACGAUUACAAAACUGCAAUAAAAUAAUAAAGAUGUACGAUUACGAAAUAUUGGAAACUCAGAAAAAAAUGUUAGUGGUAUUAGAAAAAGGUGGUAAAGAUUUAUCUACAAUUUUAAAACAGUUAGCUGGGCAAAAGUCACAUAUACCAAUGUAUAUGCUCUUAUUUUAUUGGAUGGAAAUGUUGUACGCAGUUAGACAGAUACAUUCAAAUGGCAUUAUACAUUCAGAUUUAAAACCUGCAAAUUUUUUGAAAGUAGACGAAGGCCUGAAGUUAAUAGAUUUUGGUAUUGCUUCCUCGGUACAGACUGAUAUGACCAGCGUUAUCAAAACAAAACAGGAAGGUUCUUGCAAUUAUUUAAGCCCUGAAGCCUUAAAUAGUGAUAAUACAAAUUUUGGAAGUACAAACACUGAAAAAUAUAAAAUACAUUACAAGUCAGAUGUGUGGUCUCUAGGCUGCAUCUUGUAUCAGUUUGUGUACAGGCGGACACCUUUUCAGCAUAUCACACAACUGUGGCCAAAACUUGCUGCAAUAAUGAAUCCAGAACAUGAAAUUAAUUAUCCUCACGUGGACUGGGUUUCCCCAAAAAUUAUUGGUACUAUUAAAAAAUGUUUGCAAUAUAAUGUAAAAUCAAGGCCUUCAGUUGAUGAAUUAAUUGUAGAGUAUGAAUCCAUUUUGUAUAGUAUCUAGAACUGUUUAAUAUUUGUUAUUAAAAGACUGAUUUUAGCAGUAUAAGUAUUUUGUUUUUAUUGAAAAGUGUAAAAUUGUGGGAUUGGACGUGUGAGUCAUAGUUAUAGUUAUACAUACAACAUGUCAGCUGGUAAUAGUUAAAGUGGUCAUAUUUUAAUAAUGAAGCUCAUACCAUUUUGUUGGUGCCACAUAUUGACUUUUUGAACAAAGCAAGAGAAAAUUUAACUAUAAGUGGCCGAGCGUGAGAUCUCGAAAAAUAUUAUUUGGUGGGCAGUUUUGGUGAUGCAUGUGUUGGGAUUUCAGCAACUGUAAGAAAUAGAAAAAUUGUUAAAUAAGUAAAGUUUUGGGUCAUUCUGCCACUAACUUAAUUAUGCUCGCAGACUGUCUUGGUUUUUUCUUAAUUUUUGUUUUUGUGUUGUAUGGACAUUACCUCUAAGAAAUAAAUAUUUAAUUAUA